UCUGUCAAUGUCAUUAAGCUGUUCGUCGGAUACGUGAUUUUAUUCAAAUUUUUAAUUUCGGUUGUUAUGUUUAAUUAAGUAUUAAUAGUAUUACUAAAAUAUAUACAAGUUUUAUUUUGAGAGAAAUGAAAUGUUAUGUGCCAGGUCCCAACGUGAAAGUUUUAGGAAGAACUAUACAUGCAUUAGCAAGAUUCGGAGAUGAACUAUAUUUGGAAUCCUUAGUAGAUUGUGUUCGAUUAAGAACACUAAAUACUGCAGAGUCAGCUUAUGCAAUGGUUAAAUUUAAUAAAAACUUCUUUUCAUAUUUUAACUACAAUUAUAACUCAAAUAAUGAUAAUGAUGGCCCUAAGUGUAAAAUAUCGAUGAAGUCUGCUCUAAAUACUUUUAAGUCACCAGCUCAUAUGGAUAAACAAGUAGAGAAUUUAGAAAUUAAACUAGAACUAGACCAGUGUAAGUUAAUUUUCCAGUUUAAAUGUAAACAUGGGAUAAUUAAAACUCAUUAUGUGUCAAUUUUAGACAGUAAAGUAACACAAGCAGUUUACACCAAGGAUUUAGUGCCAAAUCGAAUAACAUCCUCACAGAGAAUUCUUUCCGAAGCAAUUAGCAACUUCCAAAGUUCCGAUGACCAAGUCACAUUAGAAGCAUUGUCACAUUCAAUACUGUUAAGAAAUUACAUCGAUGAUAAUAUUGAUUUAUCAAAAAUUAUACGAACACAAAUCAAUAUUAAAUCGGAGGAAUUUGACAGUUAUACCGUAGAUGAAGAGACAGCAGUGACAUUCACUAUGAAAGAAUUCAAAGCAUUAUUAACAUUUGCGGAAGCACUUGGCUUACCUAUUCAAAUACAAUUUGAAACAACUGGUAAACCUAUAGUCUUUAUUAUCCACAAUGGUACAACGUUAGAAGCACAUUUUGUGCUAGCAACCACCAAGCCAGAUGUGACCACACAAGCAUCCACAACGCAAAAAAGUUCAAGGGUUGAAAGAAAUAAAAGAAAAGACUCAAGUAAUUUAACAGAAUCAGCAAGUAAAAAACCACACUUAGAAGAGGAUAUAUCAAAAUGUCUAGAUGAAGAUUCACAUCUUUUUAACUUUGUAGAUAUUCCUAAUGAAGAAAUUCCUACGAAUAACUGUGAUAAUAGUGUUAAUGUAGAAAAUAACAAUUUAGUUGAUAUAAAAGAUUGUGAUAAUAUACCAGCAUCACCUACGUCAAAGACAAUGAUAAAAUCAUUGUUCAAAAAAUGUUUUGAAAGUACAUUUGAUCCGAGAAGCACACAAGAUGUAGUGCUAGCAGGGAACUCUGAUAGUGAAUAAAGUUUUCAUUUCUUUUGUUCAUUUUUCUUUAUGCACAUUGAAGAAUUUCUUAACUUAUAAUGAUAAAGUCCCAGAAUAAUUAUUGGUUUCGAUGAGAAGUUUACGAAUAUGCAUAACCUUAAUUUACCAAGUUCUUGGCUAAAAUUAUACUGUAAUUAACAAGUAUGUUUUAGGCAUUACUAAAUAGGUUCAUGCACUACUACUCAGAUAAAAUCAGCAAUCUGUCAAUGAAAAUUUACAUAUUGCAGUUUAGACUUUCAAAUUUUCGUUUCUUUUCACCCCUUGAAUUCUAAAACGUUACUGUAUAUCUGGUCAUAGAAGAUACAAGUCAAAUCCUAUGUAAUAUUGUGUAAUCACACCCUAACCAGCGAAGUAGAGGUUAUAGAUUUUUUUAUAGAGAUGGCAAAUCUCUCAUUUCAACAUCCACUUUUACAAAAUUUAAAAAAGUAAUAGGCAUGUAUUCUUCCAGAUUAUGUUUUACAUCUAUGC